AUGGCCCGAGGAAAGUUCAUCGUCAGCACGAACUUCAAGAUGAACGGGUCUAGGGCGUUCCUACAGGACUUGGUUGAGAACCUGAACCGCGCAGACCUUGAUAGCAACGUCGGUACGAUCACCAUCCCAUCUCAACUGAGCAACUUGCGCAAAGAUAUCGCCGUUGGUGGUCAGAACUGCUUCUGGAAGUCCUCUGGAGCUUACACCGGCGAGAUUUCGGCGGAGAUGUUGAAGGAUGCGGGUGCAGAGUACGUGAUCCUAGGCCACACAGAAAGACGGACGCUAUUCAAAGAGUCUGACUCCCUCAUCGGCUUCAAAGUGGCCUCUGCCCUCGCUGCCGGCCUAAAAGUGAUCGCCUGUAUCGGUGAAACCCUGUCCGAACGGGAAUCCAACACCACCCUACAGGUCCUCUUCCGUCAACUGCAAGCCAUUGUCGACCAUGUCCAGGACCUGAACCAGGAGGAAAAGUGGGAAGAUGUCGUGAUCGCGUAUGAGCCAGUAUGGGCGAUCGGGACUGGACGCGUCGCGACGCCCGAGCAGGCACAGGUAGUCCACGCGGCGAUUCGACGGCGCGUGGAGGAGACUGUCGAGGGAAGCGUGGCGGAGGGAAUGAGGAUUAUUUAUGGUGGUUCGGUGAAUUUGGGGAAUGCACGGCAGCUGGCGAGGGAGAAGGAUGUGGAUGGGUUGUUUGUUGGUGGGGCAUCUCUUAAGCCGGAGUUUGUCGAGAUUUGUAAUGUUUUGCGGCUAGCAGGCGAGGGCAACAGCGAUGGCAGUGGCGAUGACGACGGCGGACGAAAAUAA